UUUCACUGACUACAUUCAGCUUGGCUUGUUGCUUUUGUUUUUUCUUCUGUGAUCUAGAGAGUACUGUGACAAAAACAUCUUCCACCACUGCUUCGUUCUUAGAAAGGGUAGUAAAUAAAGAACUAUCUUUAGACAAAGUGCCCACAUGCUCAAACCUAGGAGGAGCUCCACCUGUAGUCUUCUCAAAUGAAUUAGUGUGGUCUUCCUCUACCAUGUCAUUCCAACUUUGACUACCUUGUGGAGAAUUAAAAUGACAAUGUUGGAGCUGCUCUGAAUUGUUAUGGUUUUGAUUACUUCCAACAGUAGCAACAAACAAAGGAAAUUGCACUUCAUCUACCAAUGCUUUUGUAUCUUUCCUAGCAAGAGCAACAAAACUAUUCCCAUUGAUAGCUUAAGUAGGUUCAUUGACUACUAAGUCGGCAAUACGCUCAAGCUCUUUUUCCACCAUUUCAUUUAAUGUUUGGUCUGCAAAAUUAGCAAACGUCACGUCCGAAUUAACCUCUGGAGGUUGCUCAACCACAUGCUUAGCUUUCAAUCUUCAAAGUAUGUUAAUAUUGAGCUGAGAGUCUUCACCGCAGCUUUUCUCUUCAUGUCUCUGGUCAUCCAUGUCACCAAUGUUAGGUCAAAUUUUGUGAGCACUAAUAAGACACUUCACGUCUGUGAUCUCGUCGGGUACCGAUACAUGGCUGCUGCAGUUGUUAUUGGACUUGCCUAUUCGAUCUUGCAAACUGUAAUUGCAGUUAUCCGCAUCAAAGGAAACAUCUUGCUUGACUUCUACGGUGACAAGGUUGUAUCAACUAUAAUAGCUACAGGAGCUGUUGCAGGCUUUGUUAUGACCGGAGAACUUCAGAAGUACAUUGGGAAAGACUGGACUGAUUGCUAUCACACAUAUUUCAUAAUGUCUCACGCAGCAGAUGGACUUGCCUUCCUCGGAUUCGUCGGCGCUUUCAUAUCAUCGAUCAUCUCUUCAUAUGCACUACCUAAUAGAGUUUAGCAAGAUGAUUGUUAAUCAAAUUGAAGUGU